GUUUCCUCUUUUCUCUAGUCAGUUGUAUAUAAAUGUAGAGCACGACUUUCGUCAAGUCGGGCAGACUAAUAAUAAUCGUAAGUGGUAAACUCUGCCUAGAGAGUGAAUACAGCAUAGAGUGUGUACAGAUUGGAGGUUAAUACGAGCUCUACGUAAUAAAGAAAGCAGUCGAUAUCGUGUACGCUGUGUAUCAACACGUUCCGAGGGAAUAUAACACACAAACGGCAAUAUGGCUACCAGUGAACUACCUUUAACUUUAAGAAAAGUUGUUGUGGCAAUAGAUGGGAGUAAGCAUGCUCAAAACGCACUAGAUUGGUAUAUAAAACAAGUACACAGACCUACAGAUGAAGUUAUUUUAGUCUAUAUACCAGAAUUGAGUGAUCUACUACAAGCUUCCAGGUGGGAAAACACUGUGUAUAUGUUUGAUAGAACAGUUGUACAAUCACUAUUAGAUUCAGAACAAGCUAGAAUACAGAAAGAAUUAACGGGUUUCGCUGAGCUGCUUCAAUCAUAUAAGGUUACUGGUAGAGUAAGGAGUAUAGUAGCAUCUAAAGCCGGCGAAGGUAUUAUACAAGGAGUUGAAGAGGAAAAAGCUGAAUUUGUGGUGGUAGGUUGCCGAGGGCUGGGGAAAAUCAGGCGCACUUUCAUGGGUAGUGUUAGCGAUUUCGUAGUCCAUCAUUCACCAGUACCCGUUUUUGUUGUGCGAUCAGCAGAUGAUAAAGAACCAGAAAAAGAAAAGGAAAAAGAAAAGGAAAAAGAAAAAGCAAAGGACAAAUAAUAAGAAAUCUUAAUAAACAGUUAUAUAGAUAUUAUAUCACAAUCAAAACGUUCAGUUAAUUAAUUCAUUGGUUUUAAGAUAAAAUGUGAGUAAUAUUCAAUGAAAUGAUAUCAUGUGCAUUGAUGUUUGAUUUGGUUUGUGUUAAGGGCCUCGCUGUGCUAGGGGAUUACAGUAUCAAUAUACUAAGUCAGUGACCGUAAUUGGCAUUCGGAUGUAUGUUUAUCAAUAGGUACAUAAUGCUUUGUGUUGAUUUUGUUUACUUCCAUCAAUCUGUUGUUUUGGGGGUGAUCUGGAGGAAAUGGAAUUUAUAAUGAACAUAUAUAUUAUUCAAUAUCCUGUUCACUUCCCAGAACAUGUUCCAUAGAUGUUAAUACAACAUGCGGUGCACCAGGUACAUUGACGUCACUGGGCCCGGCAUUGAACUGGUUUCCGUCACGUGGUGAAUAUAACUCAUAGUAUUGUCUUGUGCCAUUUACCGGACUAGUUUUUCUCGUAGUCUGCCAGUUCACGAUCUACUGUUUCCAGAACACGCGUGGGAGUUUAUUGUAUUUAAUAAGCUAUGUGGUAAAUAUUGUUAUAAUUGUGUAGGCUUGACUUCCAUGAACUAGUCAUUUGCCGUGAUUACCGUGCUGGAGACGAACCUACGACCUUAUCCAGUAAUUGUACUAAUUGGUCAUGGAGAUUUAAAUAUUAACGAUUACUGAUUAACUAUCCGGCUGUAGGCCUACUUUGAACGUGUGAUUGAUCAAGUCUAGAGAAUAGGCGAUAUAAAUUCCACUGUUACUCUUACAAUCUUCGACCCAAUCCAGAUCACCCUGAACCCACCGGUCCUGCUAUUAACUGAUUAAUGACCCAGUAGUAAGCCUAAUAAUAUUAUUAUUAAUAUGAAUAUGUGCUAAUAGUUAAUGCCACUGAAUAAAUAUCGAUAUUAUACGUUC